UGUAUCAACUCUCCCACUUCUUCUUUGUCCUGAAAAUUUUCCCUCCCGGAGUUCUUCUGCGGAGCAUUAGUGAGUAGCCACUCAUACCUAUCAAGCAUGAUAAAGUUCCAUUCUUUCCCCGUCAUCUUCACCCAUUUCACUUUGACUGAGUAUAUCUUCCUUUAAUUCGUUAAAUUUCUACCCUAAUGCCUCUGUAUAUUGCUUACAACGGGGACUUCUGUUUUUGCCAUUGACGCAACUGACACCACUAAAGGUGGUAAAGUCCAAAAUGGCGUUUCGCCAAGACACACCUUUGUUUGAUCCUGGCUGAGUGGAUGCCAGUCCCGAAAUCCAGGUUACUUUGUGCAAAAGGAUGGACUCAAAGCGUUGGCCUUUUCUGCUAUUGUCUAACUUUGCUGAUAAAAUCAACAUAAAUCCCAAGAAGCUUUUAGCCAUCUUUCAUUUAUGGUUGAACAAAUGGCCCAACGUAGGGUGCACAAGCCUAGGUGGCUCGAGCCUAUUCUGAAAAAAACUUUCUUUGAUUCUUGUGUGGCUCAUCCUAUGCAUAAGAAUGAACGGAAUAAAUACUGUAUGACCUGCAACAAGUCUGCUUGCCAAUACUGUGUGUCUCAUGGCAUCCAUCGAUGCCACAAAAUGCUGAGCAUUUUCAAACAUGUCUACAAAUAUGUUGUCGCUUUAGCUGCUGUUGAAAAGCAUAUUGACUGUUCACACAUUCAGACCUACACAUGCAACAAGAGAUUGGUUAUUGCUCUGAAUCCUCUUCCACAUGGCAGUUUGGAGUCAAAUACUGAUCUGUCAUGUGAGACCUGUGGCAGAAGGCUGAAUGACCCUCGUUUGUAUCGUUAUUGCUCCAUUUCAUGCAAGGUUAAAGCUGUUUUAAGGAAGCCCGAUGAUUCACUUCCUCCCUUCAUUACCAAGCAGCGUCCUUCUAAGGGAAAGAAAGAGAAGGCCUCUGUGCUCCGGAAGCCAAUAAACAAAAGAAAGGGAACACCCCGCAGGGCUCCCUUCUUCUGAAAGCCUCAACCCUCAAGUGGUUGGUGAUUUAUAUAUAUCCUUAUAUGAUGUAGACAGGAUUGGGAGUAAUUACACCAUCAAGUUUUUGUCAUCAAGGCAAUUAAUCUAGUAGCCUUGUUUUACUUAAAUUUGUAAAUAUGCUGCAUAUGCUCAUGGUCUCUGGAGUUGCAUAACUAGCUCUGUUUGCCCGUGGUGAUUAGACUUGCGCUUGCAACAACUGUCUUGUGAAUUAACCAUGUGACUAUUGUAUGAGACUGAAAUGAUUUGAAAGUCUUCAACUUUCAUCAAUUGCAAUGGAAAAGCUGUCGAGUUGUAAUAAUAAAUCAAUGAACUUAAACUUCGUUUCUAUUGCAGUAUCCAGAGUCAUGUGAUCUAAAGACCCUUAGGUACAGGUUUGGCAAGGUUGUUUAAUAAAUCCCAGACCAAGAUAUGGGAUGUACAAUAUCAGAUACAAGAAGCCUCUAUCAUGAAAAUUUAUAUAUG